CCAAUGUUAAUGUUUAAAUGCUUUCCGACUCAGUGGGUAGAGUUUCCCAUAGAGAAAGGUGUUGUUGUAGUUUGAAUGUUCGUUUUGAAACGGAGAUACAAUGGCCAGACGUAUCAAAUCGAAGGCACUGCGAUUCAAGUCCAAAUUCAUAACCGCUGAGCUGGCUCGUCUCUUCAGCCAGUCGGAUAGUGAGGAGGAGUUUGAAGGCUUCAGUGAAGAAGAGGAAAGAGUGGACAGAAGACAUUUUAACAAGCAAUUUAAGACAAAGAGAGUGGAGUCGGAUGAUGAGAGUGAUGUGGACACAGGUUUCUACUCUGAUGGUGAAGAGACACCGGUGCCCAAGAGGAGAAGUCUCUUAGUGGCGCUGAGAUUUCCAGUCAAACAGCCGUCCACCCCCAAGCAGGAGCCCAAAAAGAAAAGCGUGAAAAAGCCGGUCCAAGAAACCCUGGCACAGAGGAUGAGACAGAAGAUGAAGAAGCAGGAACCACACAGACAAGAGAAAGAAGAAGAAGAAGAAGAGCAGGAGCAGGGCGAAGAUGAGGUCUUGUACCAGAGCCUAAGGAAACGGGAUAAAAACAUCCAGGAGAACAAGGCCAUGCUGGCUAAGCUGUUUGCAGAUCUCACCACCAUGGCUGAUCUGACUCUUCCCGCCACUCCUCACAAGAAGAAGCGCUCCCCCGUGAAAACAACACCACGCAAACGCAAAUUGGAACUGGACAACGGGUCAGAAAGGAGGAACCCGUCCCGUAAGGCUCGUCCUCCUGAGAACUUUGCCGUGGAGCAAGUGUGUGAGCCACUGCCUCGUAGGGGCCCCAAGACGAUAGACCUCAGGAGACUUGUGGAGGUGGAUGAGGAGCUCGCUGGUGAGAAAAUCAAAAAGAAGCGCCACAGACGCAGUCAAUUUGAUUUCAAGACUGUCGAUGACGUCACCAAGGAAGACCUGGACAACAUAGCAUACCGUAGCAAAGACAAAAUCUGGGACAAAGAGAACGGAAGUUCGUGCCACCAAUGCAGACAAAAAACACUCGACACCAAGACCGUGUGCCGCAGCGGGUUCUGUUCGGCAGGCAAAGGGCAGUUCUGCGGGCCGUGUCUCAAGAACCGCUACGGCGAGGACGUGCGCACCGUAUUGCUCGACCCGACAUGGUCAUGUCCCAUCUGCAGAGGGGUGUGUAACUGCAGCCUGUGUCGGAAAAAGGAGGGUCGCUGUGCAACUGGCCUCUUGGUAGGACUGGCCCGCUACAACGGCCAUGACAAUGUCCAUGAGUACCUGGAGAGCAUUCAGAAGGAGCUACAGUAAAGUCCAGGCUGAACUUCCAUCACACUUGAUACCUGCUCAGUACUGUAGAACUCCUUUUUUAAAUACAUAUUUCUAUGUUGUAGCACAAUCACUGUUAUAGUUUCUAAAUAUAUUUUUAGCUUUACGUUUUUAAGUUGGCUGUUUCUCACCAGAAAAAAAAAACAUUAACAUCCUAGUUACUUCUGCAAUAGGAUCAUUUUAUACUACCGUUUUUGUAAACAUUGUUGUCAGGUUACUGUCAUAUUACGGUUCUAAUAAAGAAUCAUUUCUAA